AUUCGCCCCAGCAAUACCACAUGCUGAAAACAUGGCUGCUUCUGUACGGGUGAGGACGUGGAACACAUCUAGCUCAGUGAAAACCUGGCUCCUUUAUUUGGCAGGGAUUAUUUUACUAGGAGAUGUAAAUAGCGGGGUGAUGGCAGCUCCAGAACCAGGACAGUGGAGAAUUACAGUUGUCAAUACCUCAAGACCAUUGCUUUUGAGGAAAUCUAUGUAUAAAGACACUGAUAUCAAAUUGAAAGUUGUGUCCUUUGGAUGUCCAGAGGAGAUGACUUUUACCAUUCAAUGGUACUUGAAAUACUACCCCUGUCACAACGAGUUCAAUAAUAUUGAGGAAAUGUAUGAGAGGACGCCACUGAGUCGAGGACAGAGUAUGGAUCCUAACCCUCUAGGACAAGGGGAAUGCAUUGAGCACAAGCACAAGCCCUUGACCUGCAACAAUGACCUGCGAUACUUCCCAAUGCUAAAUAAAGCCAAGGUGGAACCACGGACAGUUGUCCCGCCCAUGGAAGGGGCAGCACCGGGUUCGGAUGAGAACUACACCAAAUGGACGAUGGAGGAGUACGACAAAGUCAGCGGUGUGAAGAAUUCCAGUGUGUCACUUAAAGAUGAUGUCAUUGCCACCACGUGGAAGGAUGGCCCCUAUCUGUUUGUGGUGGUGAUUAAAUCUAACAAACAGGAAGCCAACUGGAAUUUAACUGUAAACGUUGUAAUGAAAGGAACUCACGGCUACAUCUCCGUCACUGAAUGGCCUCUCAUGAUUUUCUACAUGGUGAUGUGUAUAGUGUACAUCCUGUACUCGUUACUCUGGUUCAUGUGGGCUGCCUGUUACUGGAAGGACUUACUGCGGAUCCAGUUCUGGAUAGCUGGAGUCAUCUUUCUGGGCAUGGUGGAGAAGGCUGUGUUCUGUGCUGAGUACGAGAACACCAACGGUGUCGGGGCAGCUUCUCCAGGCCUGUUGAUCUUUGCUGAACUCAUCUCUGCCCUGAAGAGAACCCUGGCACGGCUGCUGGUCAUUAUUGUUAGUCUGGGAUAUGGUAUAGUCAAGCCUCGACUGGGUACUGUGAUGCACAGAGUGGUGGGACUAGGCGUCCUGUAUUUUGCCUUUGCUGCUAUCGAAGGUGUGCUUAGGAUCACUGGGGCGAAAGACUCUGACCUGGCUCUGUUGGCCAACAUUCCUCUGGCUCUGCUUGACUCCUCUCUAUGCUGGGGGAUAUUUGUGAGCCUGGCUCAAACUAUAAAGACACUGAAGCUGAGGAGAAACCCAGUCAAACUGUCUCUCUACAGACACUUCACGAACACACUCAUCUUUGCCAUCAUAGCUUCAAUCAUUUUCAUGGUGUGGACGACAAAAAAAUUCCGGCUAGCAGAUUGUCAGUCGGACUGGAUGGAGCUGUGGGUAGAUGAUGCCUUCUGGAGGUUCCUCUUCUCCAUCAUACUGCUGGUUAUCAUGUUCUUAUGGAGACCAUCUGCUAACAACCAGAGGUAUGCAUUCACUCCUCUGAUGGACGACUCUGAUGAUGAGGAGAUCGAGGACUUCCUGGUGUCAGCUAAUUUGGCUGACGGCAUAAAGUUGAGAGCAACCAACUCCAGGAUUGAGACAAACGGUUCUGCCAAGCCUUCAGGACCCAACCCGGAUGAAGACAUGAAAUGGGUGGAAGAGAACAUUCCUACCUCUUUAUCAGACGUAGCGUUGCCUGUCCUUCUCGACUCGGAUGAGGAAAUCAUGACCACAAAAUAUGAAAUGUCCAAGAUGGAGUAACAUGGAAAGUCUUCCUACCACCCAUGGUGGAUGCAGAGCAUCUCUUCCUCGGGUUUCUAAUGCAUGGCAUGGAAUAGACAGAUCAUCUGGAGCACGACACCUCUCCAAUCCUAGUCCUAGGGCUGUUUAGACUGAGACUCAGACCUCUGAUCCUCUGUACAACACUACUGUGGCUUAACGCAACACCUCUGACUUGCCGAUCAGCAGGGUCCUAUUCAUUGGGCAUUAAAUGGAAGAAAAUUGAUUAAAACGGGGAGGUACUACUUCAACUUGUCCAAUAAGAAAUACUUGUUUUAGUUUUCCUUUCCAGAGUGUUUGUUACGGUGUGCUCUAAUGUAUUCAACCGAUGUUAUAUGUGGGCAACAGAAAAUCUCACCUGCAAUACUCCUAUUCUGUGUGUCCCAAAGGGCACCCUGUUCUCUAUAUAGGGCACUGCUUUUGACCAUGGCCCAUAAGUUUUUAUAGGGAAUAUGGUGCCUUUUGACCAUGGCCCAUAAGGUUUUAUAGGGAAUAUGGUGCCUUUUGGGAUGUAACUUAUGAGACUUCUGUUCCAAAAAAAACCAGCUUCACUUUGUUAAAUGCUGUAUGUAUUUAUUAACUUUUUUUCUCUCACUGAACUUGACUUUAUAGGAGAAAGGAACAAGCUGGUAUAUUAUUUCAACACCAAUUGGACACACUGCAUAAUAACAUUACCAAUAUUAUUUUGAUAGUUGAUAACAUUCAGAGGUGUAUAGUAAACAUUAUAUAUUACACUAAGUGAAGCUUUAUUGUUUCCUAACCAAAGUAUAAUGUGAUGUGGGAGAGUUUGCGUUUUUGUCUAGGCUGGGACACAGGAUUCAUACAUGCAGUACUAAACAGAAGUGUUCUUGAUAAUGUCAGUGUACGAUUGCAGGACUUGAGGUCUGUUCAGGAGGAUGUAACAUUACAGAAUGUUUAGAUAGAAAUACAAGGAAUAGAGCUGACAUGAUUCACUAUUCUAUCUACUAUCAAUGUUCAGAAAGUUUACAUCACUGAAUGGACCCCUGAGGUUGGUAGAGGCAGUACUGUAAUUGAGGCUUACGUCAUUGAGGAGUUGUGUGUUUGAAUGUGAGUGGAGGGAAUCUUUAGCCUGGUUCCAGAUCAGCAAUAACAGCGUUACAAUGGCCAUAGGAGUUGGCAAGACGGCACAAACACAUCUGGGAUCAGGCUAGGAAGUCCUCUUUUUCCGCUAGUCAAAUAAAGAGCAAUAUUAUAUACGUCCUAUGACCUUGUAAGGUUUACUUACACUCCUCUAGUACCCUCCCUUUAUCUGUUUUACAUUGCUUGUGCACCAAAUGGUACCCUAUUCCCUAUAGCAGGGGUGCCAAGCUCAUUCCAUGUAGGGCUGAGUGUCGGAAGGUUUGUUUUUUUCCUUUCAAUUAAGACCUAGACAAUCAAGUACAAAGGAGGAGUGAAAACCCACAGAUGCUCAGCUUUCCAUGGAAUGAGUUUGUAAAGAGUGCCCAAUAUAGUGCACUACUAUCCCUAUGCGCCCUGGUAUAAAGUAGUGUGCACUAUAUAGGGGAUAGGGUGCUAUUUGGGACAAAUUGUUAUUUAUGUUUAAGUGUACUUACAACUUGCUAUAUUUAGUUUAGUUUACUCUAGGUACAUUUAUGGGGAUGUUGUUAUUGUGUGAUAAGUUUUAAUGUUAUUUCUGAUUUGUUGUAAUCUGUCUAGCUUUUUCUAAAACUCUUUUUAAAGGACAAACUAUUGGAAAUUACUCUUGUCUCGUUGAUUAAUUAAUGCAUUUUGUUUUGCUGUUGAAACGGGGAUGUGUCUCUCCAUCUUAUGUUCUGUAAUGGUAUAACACUUUCAAAGUACAGAUUCUUUGUGCACCAUUUCUGUAACGGCAAUCGGUACUGGUGCCAGUUAGAUGGUGCUGAAGUCUUCAGCUGUAUAAGAGACUGGGGGGGGGUUGUCUCGUGUGGACAUUCCCGUUUCCAAAUAGGAUGAUGUUGUAUUGGUCCGUGUUAUGCUCUGCAGCCUUCACCUAGGUUAGGGAGUUAUGAUUUCACUCACAACCUCAACUAUGUCCUAGGACCUGUCCAGAAACAUUCCCUAUUCCCUACCCACUAGAUUGUCUUACAUCUGUCCAAUCCUUGCAUAGGUAGGGUGUAGUUGUCAGUUUGGGAAUCAGGCCCUAGUAUAUGUAGUGCUUUCCCUAACUUGUAUAAAUUCAUAUUAAGAUACUUCCUCUUACUCAGACCCUGACAUUCUUCUCUUUAUGUUCAAUGUUUCCCUCUAAUGUAGCCUACAACUGAAUGUCUGUCUCAGAGUUGGUUAUUUUCACUUAACAGACUGGUUUUGUCUGACUGUUAGUACUGUUAUUAUAUUAUUUACUGCCUGAUACCUUUUUUGGAAGGGUUAACAUCUUCAAUGCUAUGCUUGAACUUUUAAACACAGGGCCUGUAGUCAUAAAGCGUCGCAGUACGAGUGCUGAUCUAGGAUCAGUUUGACCUUCUAGAUCGUAAUGGACACCUGAUUCCGAUUGGCACGCCUACUUUGAGAUGCUUAGUAAUGUACAUAUGGCUCCAGAUCAAUGUGGCUUGUUUGUCCUUUUUAUUUCUGUUGGCAGAGCAGAGAGAGAACAGCACCAUGUUAUUAGUAUGCCAAACUGUAAAUCUGUAUUUAUGUUUGUUGAAAAUCUUUGUUUUCUGAUCUAUUUCAAUACGAUGGUUAAUUUAAUUGUAAAUAAAAAUGUUUUACAAA